GCCGCUAUGAUUGGCCGCUGUAUGCUGCGCUUCUGCCUCCUUGAAUGAGAAACAGGGGUAACCAGGCAACUUCAGAGCUGGAGAGGAGAAGAAGAAGAAGACGCAGAAGAAGAAGGCAAAGGGGUGGAAAAGGAGGACAAGACAGAGGAUUUCAGAGAGAUGGGGAGAAAUUCUGAGCAUGCAUAGAGGGAAAGUCAUUGUGAUUUCACCUUGUGCGUCCUGUAAAACGGAACUAAAACAUGGAUUUUCUUAGACUCGAUCUCUCCUCCUCUUCCCACCCCCCAACUCUCUGUCUCUCUCUUCCUCUCUCUUCCUCCUUCACCGUGGGGGGAGAAAAUAGAGCGCACAAAUGAAGUGUGUGCGUGUGGUGGUGGGACACACAGAUGUGGAUUAAAACGCAUACAUGGGACUCUUCAGAGAGGAGCAGCCGCUGAGAGCGAGAGAGAGGGGGGGGGCAAAAAAAAGUGCUGAGAGCUACAGACUGUGAUGGGCUGCUAACCCACAUCUGAAGUGCUCCAACAAAGAAUAAUAUCCACUUCUGACCUAUUCUGAAGAACAAUAUUUGAUUCAGUCAGUGUUGCAAGUCUCCCCCAGGGGGAUUGCUCCUGAGCAAUAGGUGAACCUUCGUAAAGAGCAACAGUGGAAACCAUGUGAUACUUGACCUUCACUGUGAGAACUCGGGUGCACUCCGGAGGAUGUCAAAUCUGAUCUGAAGCCGCCCCUCCAGAGGAUCGUUCGGCUCAUAAUUCAAUCGGCUCUUCGAUGUUUUGCCCGGCGUUGCUCAAACGCCGCGGACCAGCAGUGACGGGGCGCAUCUAUUGACGCCGGAUCUUUAUUUGUUGAGGAGUAUCAGACACGUCGCCAUGGAUUUGACUGAGAUUAUCCGUACCAAAGAGCCGCUGUGAGAGACACGGAGAGCCGACGGAGGGCGAAUCGAACACUGGGAGAUCGAGGGGGGUCAGCGAGUGUGCUGCUAAACCCAUGGUGGAUCUGCUGUGAGCAGGACAAGGGACUCAGCGGUGGAGGAUGUCAGCAGAGGCCGAGGUCCAGUCGGGUGUCAAAACCAGCCAGCGAAAGGAGUCCAGGAGGAUCAGAGGUCAGGACCGCACGGAGGCGGGGCUUAUUAAGCGUUUCCGUGGAGAUGGCGUGCGCUACAAGGCCAAGCUGAUUGGGAUUGAUGAGGUGACAGCCGCGCGCGGGGACAAGCUGUGCCAGGACUCCAUGAUGAAGCUGAAGGGAAUGGCUUCGUCAGCGCGCUCCAAGGGGGAGCACAAGCAGAGGGUCUUCUUGACCGUCUCGUUCGGCGGGAUAAAGAUUUACUGCGAGAGAUCAGGGGUGCUUCUGCAUCACCACUCGGUCCAUGAGAUCAGCUACAUCGCAAAGGACACCAGGGACCACCGGGCCUUUGGGUAUGUCUGCGGGAAGGAGGGCCACCACCGGUUUGUGGCCGUCAAGACGGCGCAGUCUGCGGAGCCUCUGAUCCUUGACCUGCGCGACCUCUUCACGCUGAUUUAUGACAUCAAACAGCGGGAGGAGAUGGAGAAGAAGGCUCAGAAGGACAAACACUGUGAGCAGGCCGUCUACCAGACCAUCCUCGAGGACGAAGUGGAUGACCCGGUGUACCAGUACAUAGUGUUUGAGGCUGGACACGAACCCCUCCGUGGCCCCCAGUCAGAGGAGAGCGUUUAUCAGGUCCCAACCAGUCAGCAGAAGGAAGGGAUCUAUGACGUUCCCAAACGCCAUUUCAUGACUAACAUCAACCACUUUGAUCUUUUCGGCGACAUGUCCACCCCUCCCUCGAUGCCCCCGUCACCUGCCAACACGCUGGACCCGAACCGGAGCAGCCGCCAGCAGCAGCAGCACACCCCCGCCGAGCUGUACGCCCCCUUCAGCCCGACCUCCAUGCCGUCAGGUUAUAUGACCAUGGGGCCGGUCCAAGCGGCUCAGUGGGCCCAGCAGCCGUUUCCCAGCCAGGCUCAGACUUUGACCUUCCCCGUUCAGGGCCCCCUCCAGGUAGCUCAGGUCCUCCCCGGCGGUCAGCCCAUCAUCCUGAGCCAGGCCAACAUUUUCCCCACCACUCAGCAGCAGUGGGCGGCCAUGGCAGCGUAUAUGCCGGCCCAGACGGUGGGAGUCGGGGGCCAUGCCAUACCAGCUGCCAUGCUCCAAGGCCUGGUCCCCAUUACCACCGUGUGCCCCCAAACGUGCGACCUGUCUGCGCCUUCCUCGGCCAUCACCAGCCCUCAUCACAUGGCCGACCCCGCCCUGCUCCAGAGGCAGCUCAGCCUAGGGAAGGAAGGACUGGGCGUGGACUUGGACGCAGGCGAGGGCCCGUCCACAUCGGGAGCGGGACUCGGCGUGGUGUCCGGAGGGGCGAGCAGGUGCGGAACCCCUGGCCUCAUGAGUGCGCCUGACACACUGGUCUGCAGUCAGCUGCUGCCUCCUCAGGCAGCAGCCAAUCAGGAGGAGGAAGGUAGCUGUAGUGACCUUGAUCUGUCCAGGAUGACUUUGAGCCCAGGAACGUCCACCUCACCAUCAACCGAAUCACCAUCCACACCUGCCCCUCAGCAGAGCUCGUCUUCAGACUGCCCCCCCUCCCAGGGCAGUGACCCCCCGACGGAUCACUCCCCAGUUGACCCGGAGGGACCCCCCAGCAACACCAGGGAGGAACAAUCAGGUUGGGCGAGCUCGGACUCUCUGGUGCCGAGCGAAGGCGGCGAGCCGACGGAUCAGACGGGUCCGCAGAAAGACAGCUAGAGGGGACGCAGGCGGUGGGAAGGCGGGAUAUGGAAGCGUUCCGUCCUAAAACUGGAGGUUCUGGGAAAAACAAGACAGACAAGUGACUGUGAUUACACAGGCUAGCUGUUGUCUUUUUUAUAUAUAUAUAACAUUUAAAGGAUAUUUCUGGCUAUCAGAGGAACUGCUUUAUUUUUUCUCGAGAGGCCACACACUGUAUUGCUCUCCUCAGCAUGUCCAAUCAAAUAACUCUUCAACCAGGAAGUGACCUUUGAUAUCGGACUCCUUGAGCGGGAGGUGCGCGCAUCCUUCCGUUUCGAACUGAAAGAGUUUUUAAAAAACAACGCUGAUGAUGCAAACUACUGUUUUUUUUUUUGUUGUUUUUUUGACAAACGUCAAAGAGGAGCAGCAUCUCUCCGUGCGUUGGCCGCAGUACGCAGCAGGUUUCCCGUCAUCUCGCUCCGCCGUUUCACCAGUUUGCAUGAGGCUGGUGAGAGUUCGACGAACUCGGCCGAGGGCGUGAGAAACGAAAUCAAAAACUCAAGAUUCUUCGUCUUUUAUAAGCUGUGAUUUCCCAGCCGGUGACGCCGGAGCCGAUGCAGACGUCUACGUGACUCUACGUGACGGUGUAGAAAUGGAAAAAUUGCCAAACGUCUAUUUUGUAAAUAAGAAUCUUUCCCCCAGGCCCUCCUAAAACCCGAGCCUCCGUGCCAUAAGAUAGCACUCUGCCUCUCGGAUGCCAACUACGUGUGUUUGUCUGAAGCAACGCUUCACCAGCAUCUCCAGUCUUACCAUCUGGAAAUUGAUUUAAUUUUUUUGUUUCUUUCUUGGAGCCAUGUUUUUUUUAUUAUUAUUAUUUCUAAUGUCUAAAGAUGUAUUGUUUUUUUUGUUUUUUUUUUAAGGUUUCGGGGAGGGGAGGGAAUGAACUGUGAAUAUGUGUUGCCUGUUCAGGCAGAAUAAAGUCUGAUGAUUCUCUGAUUACAAACUCGAUAAAAAAGAGCGAUGUGGGCGGAGCUAGAGGUGUUACCUUUUUACCGACGUCUAGUGGCAGAUUUUCUUAGCUUUUUAGAUAUACGUCAUUUUCAACCAAGGUCGCGUUGUUUACAAUUUGCGUCUGUCUGUCUGAUUUCUUGAAGAAACAAUAGGGGGGAAAAAAAAUCUUAGUAAUACAUUGGGAGGAAAAACGUUUUCCUAUCACUGGCAAAAAAAAAAGUACCUUUAAGUCACAUUAGAACCACAAACUUAUAUAUGCAUUUUAAGUUUUUUUUUUUUUU